UUUGCAUCGAUGCGCUUGGUUCGGCAAGUUCCGACACGCGGUCUGAGUUUUUUGCGGUGACGGUGACACCGAAAAAAAAGGACUCGAGACAACAGCCGACCGAUCGCCAUAAAAGGCCGGUGCUGCCAUGCGCUGGUUGUCCCGCCCCGACGAUCGCCGAGCACCCCGACACACCUGUCCGCUGGAUUGCCGCCCAUACCAAGACGCAGAAAUGGUUUCAUUUGUGUGCAACGUCUGCCAGGAGACUCUCAAGAAGAACAAGCUGGAUUCGCACUUCAAGCGGUGUCCACAUGCCUCGUACUCUUGUGUCGACUGCUCGACGGAUUUCCAGGGCGAUUCCUACAAGAACCAUACGUCUUGCAUGUCCGAGGCUGAAAAGGUUCAAAAGAGCGUCUACAAGGCCCCUAAGAAGGGUCAGCAAGCCAAGGCCCAAGCACCGCCCGCCAACCCUCCGCCUGCCAGCGCAAAUGUUGCAAUUGCUCCAAAGACUGAGUCUCUAGUUUCGCAGAUCAAGGCUGCGGAGCAAAGCAAGACCCAGCCCGAAAGUGCUCCCGCUGCCGAUGCCGAAAGCGCCGCUGCUCCAGCCGACACCAAGUCAAAGAAGGGCAAGAAGGGCAAGAAGGCGUCGGCCCCCACCGUCGCUGAAGCCAAGACCGAUGCCGAGACUGCUGUCGAGACCCAGCCGGAGCCCAAGGAAGAGGUCGCCACUGAAGAGACCACCAAGAGUGCAGCAAAGCCGGCCGGAGCCAAGAAGGGUGGCAAGAAGCGCGCUCAGCCCGAGAAGCCUGCCGACGAAGCUGCCGUCGAGAGCAGCCCCAAGAAGCAAAAGAAGGACACCAACACUGCCGACUCUUCGGCCGAUGCAGAGCCCAAGCCCGAACAGACUCAGGAAGCGGACAAGAGUGGAAAGAAGAAGCGUGGAAAGCGCGCGGCCACCACCGAAGUGAAGGAGAAGGCCGAGGAGAAGGCUGAGGAGAAGGCUGAGGAGAAGAAAUCUGCACCCAAGAAGGCCGAGAAAGCCCAGAAAAACUGAACCCAAGACCGAGACUAAGGCUGAGCCCAAAGCUGAGCCCAA